AUGACAGAAUAUAGUCUUCUUUUUGGUUUAACAGAUCUUGAUUAUGAAUUUGGUCAUAGAGAACAUACGUAUUUUGAAUAUUUGCUUCCAUAUAAUGGACAGAGUGCACUUACUUCGGAAGAUAAUGCAAAGAAUAUAGCACUCUUGGAGGCAUAUCAUCCAGAAGAUAUUAAUUCUCAAUAUAGAAUUAGGGUAGUAGGAAAUGGCUUUACGCCCCUUCGUCCUAUAUUGGAUAUUGAUGUGAGGCAAAAACCUGAUUCCACGAAUCCGGAACUUCCUUCUUUAGGUGAUACUAGUUCAUCAAAUAUUGAUAAAUGUAGCUGGCAUAUUAUUUAUCCUUAUGCUCGACUCGUAGAUUAUAGAGAUCUCAGAAGCUUUACGGAAAAGUCAUUGGAAACCUUACUAGUCGUGUGA